CGUUAUUCUUUUCUUUAUAUCUUCAAUUUCGUGUCUAAUUGUCCUUCGUUUUCUUGCUCAGAACACUAAGAAGAAUUUGGAUGAUGAAUUUGAGCUGGUUUCCGGAGAAAGCUCAAACGAAUCAUUGAAUUUGUCUCCGAUUUCGGAGCUCAGUCUAACUGGAGAGAUUUUGAAGCCAAUGCUACCUGAUCCAGCUUUCUCAGGUUCAUCAGUAACCUCGCAGCUAACGACUCAGACAUCAGAUGAUAUAAUCACAUCAGAGAAUUUCAAACAAGUUCUGGAGCCUUCCUCUCAUGGUGGAUUUAAUGAAAUCAGCAAUUCGAAAACCAGUUCCUUGGAGGCUGAGAUAACUAUCAGUCUUCUCAGGAAAACUAAAACCCAGCUUUUGAGCUUAUCUGAAGUCGAUCCUCAAUCGAAGAGGCUUCUAGACACAUUGGUUGAAAUGGUUAUAGAGAUGCUCAUCCAAAUGCAACCUGAAGAGAAGGACAUUAUCGAAGAACUCAUUUCCGCGAAAGCUCGAGUUGUAUUCGUUUGCGUUUUGCUCUUCGUGCUGGUAAUGGCGAUUCGAAACUUGCUCUUCAACUCAGCACCAAGAAACUCUUUCGGUAAGCCUCCUCCUCCAACUUGAACUCUUUCUCUUUCAUGUGAGACAUUGUGUUCUUUUCGUUAGCUCUCAGUGUAUCCAGUUGUAUAUCCUUUAGCAUCGAUCAAUUCCUAACAAAUUUAUACACAUAUUCGUUCUAUGAUAUAAGAUUUUGAAGAUCUGUGUUUAGAUCUUAAAACACACAACUUUUUAGAGUAAUGUUGUUUACAUACAAUGAUUAAUGACCCUGGCAUUGGAUGACACAUAGAAACUUAUGUAGUUGGGUUCUUUUACAACUUAAAAUCAUAUGAAUCGAACUGGUUGGUUAUGAGUGUUAUAUGCACAUCACUUUGAUCCCCACUGUGAGAAUAUGCUAUAUUCAUGUACUUGUACAGAUUUUGUUUUAAUUUUGAGUUUUAAACAUUUGAUGAUGUUCUGUAGUGUGUAUGUAUGUGGCUCGGAUACUUUUGCACUCGCAA